ACGCAGUUCAGGUCUUGAUUGGCAGUAGCCUCAUCUCUUAAUACAACGGUCAAGAUGUCUUUCCAGAAGCCCGAGAAGGAUUUCGGCGAGGGCCCUAAGGUCCACAAGAUCCGUAUCACCCUUACCUCUCGCAAGGUCGCCGCCCUCGAGAAGGUCUGCUCGGAGCUCAUCGACCGUGCCCGCUCCAAGUCCCUCCAGGUCAAGGGCCCCGUCCGUCUGCCCACCAAGUCCCUUCACAUCUCCACCCGUAAGACCCCCAACGGUGAGGGUUCGAAGACUUGGGACAAGUUUGAGAUGCGCAUCCACAAGCGUCUCAUAGACCUGCUUGCCCCCACCGAGAUCGUUAAGCAGAUCAUCAUCAACAUCGAGGCUGGUGUUGAGGUUGAGGUUACCAUUGCUGCUUAAAUUCGUUCGUUUCGUUGCGAACGGAUUAGGGGAGGGGUUGUUAGUGCUGUCUCGUAACUGGGAUGGUGCGUGUGGUUGGCUUGCGGGACAUUGGGGUUUGAUUACUUCGGAUGUCCUGUGGAGUCGGCUUAUAUACCCUAUAGAACCUGAAUACAAAAAAGAUACGGAUUUAAAAGA